CACUUCUGUUCUGACUGCUUGAGCUCAGUAUCUUGGGGACGCCCGUGACGUGUGGUGUUCGCGACUCCGCGCUCCUUCCUUCACUGUCAUCACCAGGAUGUCCGAGACGCAGAAGCCAGAGAAGACACCACAGUCUCUUGUAACCGAGAGCCUUUUAAAGAAGACGCUGAAGACGGACAAAGGUGAUGAUGCUGAAUUGAUCUCCUAUGAGGUGAAGGACUUCACUAGUAAAGGCGACAACUACGCCUGUGUCGUCACCAGUGCACUCGUCCGCUACCGCCAAGGAGACCAGAAAGAAAAGGAGGUGUCUUACGUGGCCAAGUGUAAUCCCUGCAGGAAACAAGAAAUUUUUGAUUCAGUUACCAUUAUGGCUUUCAGUAAAGAAGCAGCCUUCUACCACAAAAUUGUGCCGCUAAUCAAUGUCGAGCUUGAGGCCGUGGGGCAAGAGCCGCUGCGCUUGCCGGAGUGCUACGUGAACCACGAGGUGGAGGGAGAGCAGGUUCUCAUGAUGAGGGACCUGAGGGUUGAUGGCUUCAAGAUGUUCGACCGUAAGAAGGGCAUGGAUAAGGCGCACGCCACACUGGUAGUACGCGAGCUGGCACGUUUGCACGCCGCUUCUGUCGUCGCGCAAGACAAAAUGUCUGAGCCCAUUGAGGACACCCAUGACUUCCUAAUGGAGGACUUUGACACCUUGGAGAUGCCCGAUGGGAAAAAAAUAUUUGAAAUAGUAUUUGCCUCUAACUUGACUAAUGGGGCGAAAAUGGCGGAGAAGAUCGGUGGUUAUGAAAAGGUGGCGGAGUGGCUCAACAGCAAGUCCAAGGAGGGCUUGUCCAUGUUUGUUGACUGUAUCAGAAGCAAGAAUGAGCCAUUCAACGUGGUGUGCCACGGCGACUGCUGGAACAACAACAUUCUCUUUAAGUACGACGAGGCAGGUAAGCCCAUUGACGUGCGCCUUAUUGACCUUCAAAUCUGCCGCAAAGCCACCCCGGCCACGGACCUGAACUACUUCAUGUACACGAGUCUCAACGGACCAGAAAGAAAGGAAAACCUGCAAUCGUUCCUCGAGAUCUACUACGAUACUUUUCUCCAGGUGCUCUCAAGGGCUGGGAAGACGAUGCCCUUCAGUCUUGAGGAGCUGAAGAAGGAAUAUCACAGGAUGAACCUCUUCGGGUUCCUUAUGGCUCUGAUGAUAGUGCCGCUGGUAGUGGCGGAGGCAUCUGAAGUAAUGGACUUUGAUGAAUUCGGUGAAGAUGUCGAGGAGUCAAUGAAAGGUUAUGAGGAAAAGAUGCUGGCACAACUGGACACUAAUCCUUUGCUUCAGCCUCGCCUCCUUGCGACAUAUGAUGAAAUGCUGGAGUAUGGCGUGAUCUAGUGUGUGUGUGUGUGUGUGUGUGUGUGUGUGUGUGUGUGUGUGUGUGUGUGUGUGUGUGUGUGUGUGUGUGUGUGUGUGUGUGUGUGUGUGUGUGUGUGUGUGUGUGUGUGUGUGUGUGUGUGUGUGUGUCCCAUGAAGCAUUGUUAUGUUGUUGUUUUUUUGCUUGUUUUUACACUCCAUGGUAAAUCUGUUAAUCUACAAAUGUGCUGUGGACACUUUUGAGAACUGUAUAUUUAACCCGAACAGCUAUGAUCAUUCUCUCUCUCUCUCUCUCUCUCUCUCUCUCUCUCUCUCUCUCUCUCUCUCUCUCUCUCUCUGGCUGUCUGUCUGUCUGUAUCUCAUUAUGAUGAGUCAUCAUGAAUUAGAAAAUCUCUCUCUCUCUCUCUCUCUCUCUCUCUCUCUCUCUCUCUCUCUCUCUCUCUCUCUCUCUCCGUUUUCUUCCGCAUCACCAUGACUGACCAUGACUGAAUUAUCACUUGUUAUCACUCUGUACUAUGCAUUGUUGACAUUCUUCGUUUACUUCACCCCAGCCUGCCAAGAUAACACUAGAUACGCACGACAAGCCUCUCGACUAACAGCAGUACUAACAGGAGUGGGACCAUUGCGGAGUAAAGAACGAUCACAUAAAAUUGUAGAGCGUUUUGUUCUCCCACUCGCACUCAACACUCCUCAUUGGCUGCAUCCUGUACGACCCUUACCUCUAUUACCUCUAUUUCAACAGUCUCCUUCUCUGCAGAUACAUUUACUAUUAACAAACACGAUUGUAUAUAUUGCAAGGUAAAAGACACCGUUAUAAAGAGCUUUUCUGAGUUUUUUAAGGAACGAAAUGCUAAAAAAUGUGGAUUUGUCUGGAUUUUUUUACAAUAAAUACUGUAAAGAGA